GUUUGCCAAUUUUUUGUUUAUAAAAAUUUAUGAAUUGUUUAAAUUAUGCAAAUAUGAGCAACUUGUAAUCGAGUGAAUUGAAACAAAAAUGGCAAAAAAGAGUGUAUUCAAUGAAAAAAAGAAAAAUGGAAACUACAUAAACGACCGCACCCCCCUUUCAUAAAAAGUCCUCCCUUGUUUUCCACAAAUACAAGAAAACAAGAAAAAUCGAGCAGACAACAAACUGCUGUGGUUCCAUUUUAUUACCUGCAGUGUUGAGUGGCUAGCUAUGUGAAUGCUUUUGUGUGUGUGAAAGAAUUUCCAUUUAGAUACGUCGUUUACCCUUCCCAACGAAAAAAGUGCUACAAGCUUGUUACGGGAAUUGUUACAGGUGUCAAAUUGGGUGUGUUUGGUGUUGGCUUGUGGAAAGAGAUAUUUAUUUCUUAAACUGGCCAUGGAAAACGAAUCCGUCAAGUCCGAACAAAGUGGGCGUUCCAGACGCUCCAGAAAUCAUAACAACAACGGUGGUGGAAAUGGUGGGGGAUCUGUGAAUAAUGGUUAUCAUCGAGACCGUACAAGACAUUCCCAUCGCAGUAAUUCGCACUCUAAAUCCAAAAGUAAUCGAAGCAGUGAUUUAAACCCAUAUCAGACGACAGUGAAUAUGACUGGAGAGGAGGGUCGGGAUGGCCAGGAAAUCAUUGAAGUCCAAAUAUUGCCUCAGGAUGAUAAUUGGGGCGAAAACACAACAGCCGUAACUGGCAACACAUCCGAACAGAGCAUAUCAAUGGAGGAUAUAAACAAUGCUUGGCAUCGUGAGAUGAACGAAACUGGAUUUGGUUUUAAGUGCCGUCGGUAUUUGGAGUCGAUAUUUUCCUUUUUGCUGGGAUUUGGUGCCUUUUUCUCACCAGUAGCCAUGGUGGUAAUGCCGCAUAUGGGAUUUUUUCCUUCGGCUUUUGAUCAUCCAGAAUUAGCUCAAACCGUGCGUACUCAAUUGCUAGCGUGUGGGAGCGAGUGCAAGGGACUCUUAAUUUCGAUUUCUGUUCGUUUGCUCCUGCUUGCUAUUGGUUUGUGGGCUCUUUUUAUGCGUAGAUCGGCUGCAACCAUGCCUCGCAUUUUCUUGUACCGGGCUGUAGUACUACUGCUGGUGACGUUGAGCACGUUUGCCUACUGGCUUUUCUAUAUUGUACAGGUUACAAAUGGCGCCAAAAUUGUUGUGGAGACCGGGGGAGAUGCCGUUGAUUACAAAUCACUAGUUGCUUAUGCCACAAAUUUGGUUGACACAUUGCUUUUUAUUCACUAUAUCGCUGUGAUUCUUUUGGAACUACGUCACAAUCAGCCAAUGUAUUAUAUUAAAAUAAUACGCUCACCCGAUGGCGUUUCAAGAUCGUAUACGCUGGGACAACUGAGUAUACAGCGAGCAGCGGUUUGGGUCCUUCAACGUUACUACGUUGACUUCCCAAUAUACAAUCCUUAUUUGGAACGCAUUCCCAUAUCGAAGUCGCAGAGGAAUAAAAUAACAACCAGUUUUAAAUACUAUGAAGUGGACGGUGUUAACAAUUCUCAGCAGCAAAGCCAAAGCCGCGCAGUACUAGCUGCAAAUGCACGGCGAAGAGAUUCAUCUCAUAAUGAACGUUUCUAUGAGGAACAUGAGUACGAAAGAAGAGUAAAGAAGCGGAGGGCUCGCCUAAUAACAGCAGCCGAGGAGGCAUUCACGCACGUGAAACGCAUACACAAUGAACCCGCACCAGCCGUCCCCUUAGAUCCACAUGAGGCAGCCCAGGCCGUUUUCCCUUCAAUGGCUAGAGCUUUGCAGAAGUAUUUAAGAGUUACACGCCAACAACCGCGACAUACUUUCGAAAGUAUUUUAAAACACUUAGCGCACUGCUUGAAGCAUGACCUAUCACCAAGGGCCUUUCUGGAGCCAUAUCUUACUGAAGCUCCGGUUUUACAAAGUGAAAAAGAACGACGAUGGGUGCAGUCGUGGUCGCUAAUAUGUGAUGAACUAGUUUCACGCCCCGUUGCAGGGGAUGUAACAUUUCAACUGAUACAAACUGAUGUAUCUCUCAUGGUGUCCAUACACAAGUUGCCUCAUUUCAAUAUAGCCGAAGAGGUAGUCGAUCCAAAGAGCAAUAAGUUUGUACUGAAACUCAAUUCAGAAACAUCGGUAUGACAACAGCAAUCCCAGACACCUACCUUAACGCCAACGCACAGUAACGUUACUCAGUCAUCCUAUUUGCAUGUGUUCGUAUAGAACAUCAAAAAGGAACACGCUGAAUAUGUUAUUGGAAAUCAUAAGCUAAGGUCAGUUAUUUUAGAUGGCAUUUUUAGACUUAACAAAAACGUUAAUAUGCUCAAAACAAAAGCUAGAAAAAAAAUCCCAGUGUAUGAACAUGUGGACAUGUUGUAAUCUCCUAAAACAUAAUCAUUUCAUUUACAAAACCAAUACUCACUCAAUUCCUUUUCAAUCACAUAUCAAAACUGUAGAAAAAUACUCAUUUUCUCUAAGGAAAACAUUUAAGCCACAAUCAUGCUUUUUGCAUUUCCCUCCAAUAGUAUUACUUUAUUUUUA